AUGGACGUGACCACAGUUGUUACCUCGAUCCUGGAGGCCUUUGGGAAUGGGCGGGAUUUCUUCAAUCGCAUACACAAAAAGAAGGAUCUUAAAAGAUCUGGAACCGAUAAAUCCAAGCGGGAUCUAAAAACCCACGGCUCGCGAAAGAAAAAGCGAAGAAAUACAAAUGAUGCGGCAGUUCCGGUUCGCAGCGAAGAUAUGGAUGAUUUGCGAAUCCAGGCAUCAUUGGAACGGGGUCCCGCUGAAAUCAAGAAGGAAUAUGAUACCAGCGUCCAGCGCUUAGGGGAACGCUUCAAAAAGGGCGACGAACUUGCUCAAGGAUCCCUUGCCCAUACAUUAUUAAUAUUGAAUGCCGGCUUGAUGAAACUAAUAGCAUCCUGUUUGUCCAGCGAUGGGCAGGGAUACAACUGUGCUGGAACUGUUGAUCGACGGUCUCUACUCAUACUCUCCGAUUCUGCGGCGGCAGAUGCAAUAACCGCUCUUGAUGAACUCCGACAGCGCCUGAUAAACGCGUCCACCCCAGCGCCUAAAUCAGCAAUAAUACCCGCAGGGCAGAAAGGGAGACAACGCAGCAGAUCGCUGUCACGACAGAGGCCAAAGGCGGAAUCAGGGAAGAAUAGUAAAGCCGAAGACAGAAAUCAAGCUCCAAGCGCCACGGCGUGGCUCACGACAACAACGGGACAGCGCAAAAAGAACACGGCAGGGCCAUCACCGAAACCAGCGUCGAAUAUGGCAACCAGCGGCCGAGAGUUCACGGGAAUGUGGAUUCGGUCGAGAAAAGGGUCCUCCAUAUCGCUGGCAACAACGGCAGUGACAAGCCAGCAUCCAGCACAGCAAGCCCCGAAGAAGUUGCCAAAUAUGCUAAAGCAAUGCGACAUGGAGCAUAACCAGGGUCACCCAGCUUUUGCCCAUCUCCAGCAGCAAUACGGGAGAUCGCCAAACAACGAAGCAAACUUCCAACCCAGCGGGCGGGAACACCGAGGGCAGCAACUUUCGUCCAUUCGCACAGCGGCACUAAAUAAUGGUAGAACGCCAGUAGCAGCGCCUUCAAUUACAAGAGUUCUUCGAAAGGACUUGCCGCCCCUUUCCCCGCUUGUGCCCCUAUCACAAAAUCUCCAACCGCCACGUGGGAGAACUGGAGCUGGAGGAGGUCCGGGAGCCGCUUCCUCGAUAUCUGUGUCAUCUGGUAGCACAAAGCUGGGUGAGAUUCCGAGCCGGGGCCGGUUUGCACAGGCCUCGUCUCUGAAUCCCCUUCCACUUCCACCAGCACAGAUUUCCCGGCCGACAGGACCGGUUGUGGAAGUCGGCUAUCAACGGCCGAGAGUUGCGUUCAAUGCUGGAUUGGAGUACUGGAGAAAUUUGGCUGCAGGGGCGAACGAUGGAAAAAAGUCCAUGUUCGAAGAGGGUAGGGCAAGGAAGUAG